CUGCAAUGAAUAUGUGUUACUGCGAAACUUGUAUUUUCUUUAUAAUUAAGGAUAAUUUUGGGUUACCCACAGAAAUGAACGGGAAGGACUUUUCUCUCACCUGAAAGACUUAUCCCUGGGAGAUAUUCGCAUGUCAGAGGAACAGUUCAUACGACUAUCACAGUCUUUCAUAAAAGCGGGAGGUACGUCAUUGAAGUUGUGGCGGUGUUCCAUAGAACCGGGGGAUGGUGAACCGCAGCUUCAGAAUGAAUGCGAGCAGCAGGUAGUAUCAUCUGAGUGUACAACACGCAUUUAUCUUGGGGAUGUUACCAUCACAGUAGAGGGGUUUAUUCGACUUAUUGACUACGUGACCAGUUGCGGUCAUUCCGUGGAAUGUGACUUGUACUCAACAACCCUGAAAUCAAACUCUGCUGUUGAACAACCAGUCUUACCGAUGUUGGGUCCACAGCCUAUCUCAGCUGAUUAUACCACAAAGUUGGAACUAUUUGGUAUUGAGAUGUCAACAGAACUAAUUUGUCAAAUCGUCGGUAGGAUUAAUCAACUCAACCAUUCAGUAACAUUAACAUUGUUUGGUUGUACCGAAAUAUCAGACGAGUACAAUCCGUUGAGGAAUAAGAUGGUGCCUCCUCCAAACACGUCACUAAACUAUACCAAACUUAUUAAGAUCAAACGCAUGAAACCCAUAUCGGAAACAUUGUGUUUGUAUGUUGCUUCCAGUGCAAUUUAUUAUGGAUACACGUGUGAGAUAUCAGAAUGUGAUAUACUGACCAGUGAAGUGCCGCAUGCAGACAACCUUUACUUUCCUCAGAUGGCUGCCAUCCACUCACCUGCUCAAACAGCAAAACUCAGAUUUCAUGAGGCAUCAAUACCACAACACGUAGUUGAGCGUCUCGCCUGCCAAGCGAAAAUUUCUCAACAUUUGGUUGAGUGUGUGUUAGAUAAGUGUUAUGUAUGGCCUCAUCCGGAAGUCUGGUUAUUGAAGGAAAAGAUGGAGGAAGACCCUGCCAUUCAGAUCGAGAAAUUCAAGCCUGUAAUUUGGUGGCACGUCUGGAAAUGGCCCAAACGUUAUAAAGCGGACCAAAUAUGGGACAUCCGUUUUAAAGCAACCGCAAAAAAAGUCUGCACUCGCUGAGUCUACAGCAGAGAAGCCCAAAGUAACGGAAUGUACACGCUUGUAGAACGGACGUCGGAAUGUUUGACAACGUGAGAUCACCACGAAUAAUUCAUUCAUGCUAAGUGUUAUUAGAAUGUUUUACACAAUUUGUGCCUUCAUUUUGGAGAUUUAGAGUUUAAUAUGGCAAAGUGUAACAAAAGAUUUGGCAUAAUUGUUGCCUGCAGUGGGGGAACUAGAGUACAUUCAUGCAAAGUGUAACAAAAGAUUUGGCAUAAUUGCUGCCUGCAAUGGGGAUACUAGAGUACACUAUUGCAAAGUGUAACAAAAGAUUUGGCAUUAAUGUUGCCUGCAAUGGGGAUACUAGAGUACAUUCAUGCAAAGUGUAACAAAAGAUUUGGCAUAAUUGCUGCCUGCAAUGGGGAUACUAGAGUACAUUCAUGCAAAGUGUAAUAAAAGAUUUGGCAACAAUGGGGAUACUAGAGUACACUCAUGCAAAGUGCAAGAAAAACAAUGUACACAAUUUGUGAGACUGAAAAGUAUUUGGAAUUGCUUUUGUAGAUACUUUAAUUACAAAUUCAUUUGAGCAUAAAUUUCUGUAAAUAAAUUCUCGUCAUUUGAUAGUUUUUUCACAAGGUAUAGACUAGUCCCUUUAUUUGAAGCAUAUGUAUCGUUUUUUUAAAAGAACGUUUGAAAGAUAAUUGCUUAGUUUCUUGUUGAUAGAAUGAUGCAAAUAUGUGUUAUAAAUUAUAACAACUCAGGCACAUACGGUGAAAACAACCAUAGUUAUUUUUUUCCAUUUGCCCCCACUCCUUUAUUAAAAGUCACCUUCUGCAUUUUGCCCCCUUUAUCAAGAGUUAUAUUGUGUAUUUUGUUCCCCUUGAUCAACAGUUAUCCUUUCCAAUGACCCCUUUAUGAACUGUUAUCUUUACCAUUCGGCCCCUUUAUCAAAAGUUGUCUUUUUUUAUUUGCCCCCCUUUAUUAAGAGUUAUCGUUUCAAUUUGGCCCUUUUUAUCAAGAGGUAUCUCUUAUAGUUGGCCCUCUUUUUCAAGAGUUAUCUUUUACAUAAUACCGUUUGUAUCAAGAAUUAUCUUUUCAAUUUGGGCCCCCUUUACAAAGAGAUAUAUUUUCUAUUUUGACCCAUUAAUCAAUUAAUUUGUUUGGUAUCCUUUAUCAGGAAUGAUCUUUUCCAUUUUGCACCCCCCUCCCCAUCUUUAUCAAUAGUUGUCUUUUCCAUUUGGUCCCCUUCAUCAGAGUUAUCUUUUCUAGUUGGCCCCUUUUCAAAAUUAACCGUUCAUUUAGCCUCCCCCUUCAUCAAGAGGUAUCUUUAUCCUAUGCCCCCGCCCCUUUCAAGAGUGCAAUUGUCCAUUUGUCAAGAGUAAAACGAUCGGUGGAACAGCCAUACAUUUUACUUUGAUUAUCUUAUAUAUGAAUCACUCUGAUGUAACAAAGAAGUCAUUUGCCAUACUUAUUUUUGAUAUUGAUAUGUUUAUUUAAGUAAUUGACUGUAAGAUGUAUGUGUAUAAUUGAUUUGGUAUUAACCAUAAUGCUUGUAAAAGUAUGUUUGUUGAUUUGAAGGUACGAUGUUUAAUACAUAUCUUUAGUUAUUGAUAUGAUUUUAACGUAUUUAUUGUGAAUUGGUUGACCUGCUGCAUGAACAACAGAAUAACCAAUUAAUAAUGUAUGGGUUUUGGAUAUCCACGUUGGUAUACACCAUUGGUUUCAAUAACAUCCCGAGGCUGACAUGGGCCGUUUAUAAUAAUACAAAGCUUUCAGAAAGAGAUAUGAAUAAUCGAACGAUUGAAAAACCUCUCUUUCCUAACUUCAUUCGGAUAGCAUAAAAUAAAAUAGUGUGCUUUAAGAUAACUUAUACAGUAUGUAACAUUGGAGGAAAAGAAAAGCAAAAGCGUGUACAUGUAUAACAUACUGUCUGUUAAAUACCCUUUGCCAUGAUUCAUUUUUUCUCUUUUAUUUAUGCAUUCAUGAACAUUGUUUCAAUAUCCUUUAUCAAUCAGAAUCUAUGUAUACAGAAAUAAUUGUGUCAAUAUGUUCCUAUUUAUAAGUUCUGAACAUAAUAAAUGAUAGUUUCAUGUUUGCUUUGUACUUUUUGUAAAUAUGUUUUUUGAAUGAACAUACCAUAUUUUGAAUUGAAAAACACGAAGAAAUGAAAAAUAGUUCGUACUUCUGUACACCUUUGUGUUAAAUCUAUUACUUACAAGAAUUUUAACCAUAUAUUUUUAAUUUCUAUCAAUUGUAGUAUUCCUUUGUAAGUAAAUAAUAGUAAUAAGAACCGGUACGUGAAAUGAAAGAUCAUUGUAUGAUUAUUUUUUUAGCUUUGAAUAACCUGUGAAAAUCUUGUUUGUGUACAUAAAUGAAUUCAUUACGAAAAACUUUAUGCAAAACUGAAAGAAAUCAAUAUAUACAUGUUUCAUUGAAAUUAACUUAUUAAGUAUAUCUCUGUAUAUACAUUAACCUAUGUUAUUCAUUGCAGUUGUAGUAUGCCCAUGUAAAUAAGUACAUUGUUCAUUUAUUCACAUGAUUAGACGUUACAUGUACGAACUGAUCAUUGUAUGAUGUUUUGUAUUUUGCUUUGGAUAACUUGUGUAUAUAGUUAUUGGAUGAGUUAUUGUUUUCUUUAAGGGAAAGUCGUAUUGUUGUAUUGAUAAAGAAUUGAAUUUAUAACAAAAAACUCAAAGGAAUCAAUAUGUGAAAGUUUCCUAAAAUUUCCUUUUAUGGAAAUUUCUGCAUAUUAUUUUAAACCUUGGUUAUUCAUAUCAGUUGUAGUAUGCCCAUGUUUAUCGUACAUUGUUUAUUUAUUCUGAUUAGACGGUACUUGUACGUACUGAUCAUUGUAUGAUAUUUUGUAUUUUGCUUUGUACAAGUUUUGAACAUAGUUAUUGGAUGAGUUAUUGUUUUGUUAAAGGGAAAGACACCUUAACAAAUGAAGUUGACGGUAAAAGAACGUGCUUUAAAUAUUUUUGCUUUUCCAUUGUAAUGAGUAUAGUGUUGAUGUAUUGAAAAAAGUAAAAAUCACAUGAAAGAAGGUUAAUGGUGUCUGUAAUUCAUUUACAUUUCGUAAGUUGAUUACUAUUGUUCAAUUACUGAACGCAGUCGACGUUACAUCAAUGUAUAUUGAUUGACACAAUAUGGUGACUGACAUGUAUUUGCUUUCCCAAAUUGUAAUUAUUGUAUUUUUCAAUUACUGAGCUAAAUAGACGGAACAUGGACGUAAGGUAAUGGUGUAUGCAUUUCAUUUACCUUUUACACGUUCAUUUCUAUUUUGUUCAACUUGUUGAACUUAGUAGAUAUAACAUUACCGUCCAUUUAUGGUGUCUGCAAUUCAUUUACUUUUCAAUGGUUAAUUACUAUAGUGUUAAGUUUAUAAGCUUAGCAGAUGGAACAAUAACGUAUGUUAAUGGUGUCUGCAAUUUAUUAACUAUUCGCAUAAUAAUUACGAUAUUGUUCAAUUAUUGAAAUAAGAAGACGUAAUAUUAACGUAGGCUUAUGGUGUCUGCAAUUUAUUAACUUUUAUAAGUUAAUUACUCUAUUGUUCAAUUACUGAACGUAGUAGAUGGAACAUUAACGUAAGUUAAUGGUGUCUGCAAUUUAUUAACUAUUCGCAUAUCAAUUACGAUAUUGUUCACUUAUUGAAAUAAGUAGACGUAAUAUUAACGUAGGCUUAUGGUGUCUGCAAUUUAUUAACUUUUUAUAAGUAAACAACGAUAUUGUUUACUUAUUUAACUACGAAGACGUAUUAUUAACGUAAGGCUAUUGUAUCUGCAAUUUAUUUACUUUUCAUAAUUAUUGCGUUUCGACUUGAGGGUGUUUUAAAAAAAGGCAAAGGUUUUUUAUUUCGAAAUAUGACCAAAUUUUAACUGUCUAGGUCGCAAUCGUUUUCAAGUUUCAGAAUGAUGUAAGUGCUUUUUUAUUUAGUCUUAUACAGUUUAUAAAAGAAAGCUAUAACUUUAUUGGAUAAAGUCAAAUAUUCCCAAUAGUGAAUUAAAUAUCCAUGCUUUGGAAGCUUUCAAUCUCUGAUAUAGACACAAUUCAUGGAUGAAGAAUUUGAAGUCUAUGUAUGGACGAUGUGUAAUUAUUCCGUUUUGUAUUGAGUGGAAUAGUGAGUUUUAAAUCUGUGUAUUGAUAGUGUGUAUUUACUAUUAGUGUGAUGGUGUGUAUAAACUCUCGGUUUGGGUGGCGUGUAAUAUGUAUGGAUGGUUUAUAAUAUCUCUAUUAAAAUCGUGAUUGGUAACUCUAUAUUUGCAUGGUGUGUAAAACUAUAUGUGUGGAUGGUGAGUUCUAACUCUAUAUAAGGGAUUAUGUUUCAUCACUCUAUGUAUUGACCGUGUGUAAUAACUUGCAUGGAAUCAUUGUAAUAAUCAUAUUUUAUGGUGUGUAAUAACGCUUUUAAAUGGAUGAUGUGUAAUAAUGUUAUGCGUGGGUGCUGGGUAAUAGCUCUAUGUGUGUAUGGUGUGUAAUAUAACUAUAUGUAUGUAUAUUACAUUCUUACUAUAUGUUUGGAAUAUGUGUAAUAACUAUAUGUAUGGAUAGUUAACAUUACCUUUAUGUUUAUAUUGUGUGUAAGAACAAUUUAUAUGGAUGAUGCAUUCGAACUAAAAGUAUGGAUUGUUUGUAAUAAGUAUAUGUAUGGACCAUGUGUAGUAACUAUGUAUGUAUGGAUAGUUAACAUUAACUCAAUGUUUGUAUAGUGUGUAAGAACUAUGUGUAUGGAUGAUGCAUUCGUACUUUAUGUAUGGAUUGUUUGUAAUAAUCAUAUGUAUGGAUGAUGUGUAGUAACUAUGUAUGGAUUGUGUGUAAUAAGUAUAUGUACGGACGAUGUGUAGUAACUAUGUAUGGAGUGUGUGUAAUAAGUAUAUGUAAGGACGAUGUGUAGUAACUAUGUAUGGAGUGUGUGUAAUAAGUAUAUGUACGGACGAUGUGUAGUAACUAUGUAUGGAUUGUGUGUAAUAAGUAUAUGUAUGGACGAUGUGUAGUAACUAUGUAUGGAUUGUGUGUAAUAAGUAUAUGUACGGACGAUGUGUAGUAACUAUGUAUGGAGUGUGUGAAAUAAGUAUAUGUAUGGACGAUGUGUAGUAACUAUGUAUGGAUUGUGUGUAAUAAGUAUAUGUACGGACGACGUGUAGUAACUAUGUAUGGAUUGUGUGUAAUAAGUAUAUGUACGGACGAUGUGUAGUAACUAUGUAUGGAGUGUGUGAAAUAAGUAUAUGUAUGGACGAUGUGUAGUAACUAUGUAUGGAUUGUGUGUAAUAAGUAUAUGUACAGACGAUGUGUAGUAACUAUUAAUGGAGUGGGUGUAAUAAGUAUAUGUAUGGACGAUGUGUAGUAACUAUGUAUGGAGUGUGUGUAAUAAGUAUAUGUACGGACGAUGUGUCGUAACUAUGUAGGGCGUGUGUGUAAUAAGUAUAUGUAAGAACGAUCUGUAGUAACUAUGUAUGGAGUGUGUGUAAUAAGUAUAUGUAAGAACGAUCAGUAGUAACUAUGUAUGGAGUGUGUGUAAUAAGUAUAUGUAAGGACGAUGUGUAGUAACUAUGUAUGGAGUGUGUGUAAUAAGUAUAUGUACGGACGAUGUGAGGUAACUAUGUAUGGAGUGUGUGUAAUAAGUAUAUGUAAGGACGAUGUGUAGUAACUAUGUAUGGAUUGUGUGUAAUAAGUAUAUGUACGGACGAUGUGAAGUAACUAUGUAUGGAGUGUGUGUAAUAAGUAUAUUUACGGACGGUGUGUAGUAACUAUGUAUGGAGUGUGUGUAAUAAGUAUAUGUACGGACGAUGUGUAGCAACUAUGUAUGGAGUGUGUGUAAUAAGUAUAUGUAAGGACGAUCUGUAGUGACUAUGUAUGGAGUGUGUGUAAUAAGUAUAUGUAUGGACGAUGUGUAGUAACUAUGUAUGGAGUGUGUGUAAUAAGUAUAUGUACGGACGAUGUGUAGUAACUAUGUAUGGAAUGUGUGUAAUAAGUAUAUGUACGGACGAUCUGUAGUAACUAUGAAGGGAGUUUGUGUAAUAAGUAUAUGUAAGGACGAUGUGUAGUAACUAUGUAGGGAGUUUGUGUAAUAAGUAUAUGUACGGACCAUGUGUAGUAACUAUGUAUGGAGUGUUUGUAAUAAGUAUGUGUAUGGACGAUGUGAAGUAACUAUGUAUGGAGUGUGUGUAAUAAGUAUAUGUAAGGACGAUGUGUAGUAACUAUUCAUGGAGUGUGUGUACUAAUAUGGCAAUACAGUGGAGUCGUAUUUUUACUGUAAAAUGAACAUAUCUAGUGCUGUUCAUAAAUAACUAUAUUUUGAUUAAAAUUUCAGCCAAUAAUUGAAUAGAUGAGUGUAUGAUAUAUAUAUAUAUAUAUAUAUAUAUAUAUAUAUAUAUAUAUAUAUUGUUUUAAGAGAUUGAACAAAUGUGUUUAUAUAGUGUGUUUUGCUACUU